CCCCAGCUUCUAACCACGACUCUCAAUAUCCAGCGACACUUCACCGCUUCAAACAAGGGAGCUGCAUAUUCCUAUAACAUACCAAGAGCCAAUCCCUCAUAACACCCCCCACCGUCGCCAAUAUGAAGCCCGUCGUCAGCAUCAUGCAUGCCUGGUCAUGCAUCGUCAUCUCCGUCUUCGCCAUUGUGAUCCUCUCCGUCCUCGGCGCGCUGUUCAACGCAAACCACCACAGCCUGAUGGAUAGCAACGACGAUCCAGAGGAUGGGACCGUGGUGGCAGGGACGGCAUUUGCGGCUGUGGGUGUUUAUGGGUUCUUCCUUGUUUUCUGCGGCCUUCAAGCAUGGCUGCACGCGCGUGAGUCGAGGCGUGGGGCCAUCGCUUUAUAGAUACCGCCGAUAUGGGAAUCCACAGCCUCCAGAGCCGUGGCCGACCUAUCGACUAAUCGAGCAGCCGAUAUUCGAGGUUUAGGAUAGGAGAGAUGAGAUGGAAUUGAGCUAGACCACUUCGAAUAGUGGCCGACUAGCGAAGCGUGAUACCGAAGAAGAGAAUCGAGGAUAGGAGGGGGCGAGGGAUAGGCGAGCAUUCAGCGCUCUCCCCACAGCAGGAGCGCGGCGUUUCAGGGGUUCGACACAUGGGAUUGCUAUUUUUCUCUUACGGUAUAGAUAUUUGCGCACUUGAUGGGACCGGGAGGGUGGAAGAUAGAAAGCAUCUAGGAAGCGAGGUGUUGAGACAGAGGGAGAAGGCGAGGAUUGGGAGUAGGAACUCGGGAUUGGAGUUGUACGAAUAGUUGUACGGAGCCAGCCACCAUAUGGGAAUACAGGAGAGAUCG